AAGGCGGAAGUAGGGGGCGGUAACUCUCUAGUUCCGUUAGCGGCCGUUGAUACCAACGCCUCCUUGUUCGAGGAGACUCGAGGCCGCCGCGACCACGGAGCGACCUGCGCGACCCCCGGUCCCCCCGUCUGCAGCAGCCCAACCCGGCCACCGGCAGCAAGCACAGCCCUUUGUUGUAGUCGGAGCUCCCCCGCUGUCUCCCCGCGGCUUUUACUCAACCGUGCUGUGUGUAGAGUCCUCACCAUGGCGGCGAGCGCGAAGAGAAAACAGGAGGAGAAACACCUGAAGAUGCUGCGAGAGAUGACGAGUUUGCCCCCCAACAGAAAGUGCUUCGACUGCGACCAGCGCGGCCCGACCUACGCCAACAUGACCGUGGGCUCCUUCGUGUGCACCUCCUGCUCCGGCAUCCUACGAGGACUGAAUCCACCCCACAGAGUCAAGUCCAUCUCUAUGACAACCUUCACGCAACAGGAAAUCGAGUUCCUACAGAAACAUGGGAAUGAGGUAUGUAAACAGAUCUGGCUCGGCAUUUUUGAUGACAGAAUCUCCUCAGUACCAGACUUCAGAGAACCACAGAAAGUCAAGGAGUUCCUUCAAGACAAAUACGAGAAGAAGCGAUGGUACGUAUCUGCUGAACAAGCCAAAGUAGUGGCAUCAGUCCAUGCUUCCAUCUCUGGCUCGUCAAACAGCAGCACCAGCAGCACUCCAGAGGUUAGACCACUCAAAUCCCUGCUUGGGGAGUCGGCCCCCUCCCUACACCUCAACAAGAACACCCCACCAAAUCAGUCUCCAGUGGUGAGCCGUGGACAAAUCCAUCAGCAGCAGUUCCAUGACAAGAAGUUUGACCUCCUCAGUGACUUGGGUGGAGACAUCUUCGCUGCCCCGCCUAACAUGAACGCAGGCGCCAGCUCCAGUUUUGCCAACUUUGCACAUUUCAACAGCCACACAACAGCACAAAAUGCCAACGCAAAUGCCGACUUUGCAAAUUUUGAUGCAUUUGGGAGCACUUCUGCGACAUCAGGUGGUUUCCCCUCCGCACCCCAAGCCCCAUUCCAACCCUCAAAUACAGCAUUCACUGUGCUCUCAUCCAGCCGCAGUAUGGGUGAGUUUGCCACUGCUCUGCCUCUCCAGGGUGCACACAGUAGUGCUUCAGGGGGACUAGCAAAUGCCAAUUUUGCUAAAUUUGACAACUUCCACAAUUCGUGUAGUGCUGACUUUGGAGCCUUCAGUUCCUCUUCCCAGAGUAACUCAACAGGAGCUGGCAAAGCUGCUGUACAGAGUACUAGCAUCCCUGCUGAUAGAUACGCAGUCCUGGCUGACCUGGAUAACGUGUUUAGCUCUGCCAUAACAGAGCAAGGGGGUAUCCCGAUAGUGGCAAGCUCAACCACAGCAGCUGGAGUGGGGGGUUUUCCUCAGAAGCAGCCAGCGGUGCCAACAGGGGGGGAUCGCUAUGCUGCUCUCGCUGAGCUUGAUACUGUCUUUGGUUCCCCAGUCCCUACCACCAGUGUUUACAACACCACCACUGCACAUGGGAGUGUGUUUGGCUCAGAGACUGGGGUGUCAACAGCACAAGCACAGCAGGCCCUGCCUGGCAUGGCUCAUGGUUUCGGCGCACAUCCUUCAACUAAUCCGUUCGUAGCUGCUGGAGUGGCCCCUGCGGGACCUCCCACCAACCCGUUCCAGAGCAACGGCAGAGUGGCUCAUGUGGCGGCAGCAGCAGGCUUGAUGAGGGUUCUUCAUGGGCAGGGUUACCCCCCCACCUUUGCAGCAUUCGGCACAGGCUCCAUGAGUAUGCCUUCUGGAUUUGGGAAUAAUGCAGGCUUCAACCUUCCCACCAGCUUUAGUGGAACUUUCCAGCAACAAUUUCCUGGGCAGGCUCCCUUCCCUCAGCCUCCUGCAUAUCCCCAACAACCCAACGGUGGAGGAUAUCAUCCAGCCUUUGGCCAGGCCAAGCCUGUUGGGACUCCUUUCGGUCAGGCUAUGGCUGGACCUAUGGUCUCAAGCAACCCUUUCCUGGGCGCGGCUCCACCUGCACAGUAUCCAACAGGAGGCUCCUCUACAAAUCCCUUCUUAUAGCGAUCCAUUCAAUCAGCUGCACUACAGGGUCAACAACUGGCGCGCUUGCACCUAUUGCACUGUUUUGUUUCACAAGUAGCUUUAAAAACACAAUGUUUGUAAGGAUUUGUAUUUUCUAUCGCAGUUUGUCCCUGAUGGAAUGAAACGACAGACGGUCGUGCCGCCACCGUCUACGGCUACAACACAAAGUGAUGGUGUGUGCAGAGGGAGAGGUUGAUCCCCUCGUCUCUAUUUAACCUGUGAACUGGCCUGGCCUCCACUGAGCCACAAUGUAUAAUCAAACUGGCUGAAAAACUAAGUUAUUGCAUUCAAUAUAUUCCAUUGGUUAUGCUGCAUUUCUGUACAUAUUGUUUUCUUUUAAGAAAUUAGCUCUUUUUGCAUAUCAGUAUUUGUAUCUAACACAAGAUUUGUGAAGACAGAGCUGUUGCUUGGAAAAGCUGAUGGGUACUGCCGGUUACCGUCAUUUGUAAAGAGCCUGUCUAUUCGCACAGGAUCCUUUUAAGGUAAACUGUUCUCACUUAUGAAAAAAAGAAUGCAUAUUCUGUUGUUGAGAUAAGGGGGGAAGAAAGAGUGAAUGUUGCAUCACGGAUGAGUAGGAGACUUAUUUCUCUGCCAUCUCCUGCCCUGCUGACCCAGGUCAUAAUACUGUUGUGAACCACAUCCACGUGUGAGUAAUGAACUGAAAACCACUUACGUUGGGUAUGAGCGGAUUUUAAGUUAAUAUGUAAAUAUAUACAGUAUAUAUAUAUUAAAAUGAAUUUUAAGUAAGAAGAAAUGACCAAACCAUUCAUUUAUAUGGAUGUACGGAAAUCUUGUAUAUUUGUUUUGUAUAAAGAAAAGAUCUAUA